AUGGCUACUCAUGGUGGAUCUUACCUAAGUGCUUCUGGGCUACCAGAAGGAAAUUCCAUUACUAGACCUCCUCUAUUCAAUGGAUCUAAUUAUGACUACUGGAAAAACAGAAUGAAAAGUUUUAUUCAGUCACAGGACAUUGAAUGCUGGAAAAGCAUCUUGUAUGGAGUUACUCCUCCAACCAAGGUCAAUGCUGAUGGAACAGAAGUAAGAAAAGAUGAAACUGAGUUUACUGAAGCUGAUUGGAGAGUGGUACAGACUAAUGCAAAAGCUAUUACUAUGAUUCACUGUGCUCUUGACAUCAGUGAAUACAAUCGUGUUAGAAACUGUGUCACUGCAAAACAUGUAUGGGAAAAACUACAGAUUACCUAUGAAGGAACCGACCAAGUAAGGGAAACUAAGAUCAAUCUUCUUCAACGUGAUUAUGAGCUUUUCCAAAUGAAAUCUGAUGAAGGUAUGUCUGAGUUUAGCUCCAGAUUCUCUAACAUCAUAAAUGGUCUCAAAAGUUUGGGAGAAAACUUUACUGAUGAACAGCUGGUGAAAAAGAUAUUAAGAUCUUUGACUGAGAAAUGGGAAAGCAAGACCACAGCAAUCAUUGAAGCUAAAAAUCUGAAAAACUACAGCUUUGAUGAACUCAUGGGUUCUCUCAUGACACAUGAAAUGGUGAAAUACAAGGGAAAGGAGAUAGCUCAGGAAAGAAGGAAGAAAGCUGAUCUGGCUCUGAAGAUUGAAUCUGAAAGUGAUGAUCAAAUCAGCUCAGAUGAAGAAAUAGCUCUGAUGACCAAGAGAUUCUCAAAGAUGUAUCGCAAGGGAGACAAACGAUACAGAAACAACAUGAAGAAAUUCAUUAAAGGAAAAGUAGAUUUGGAAGGAGCUGAUGGCUUAUGUUUUGGGUGUAACAAACCUGGACAUUUCAAAGCUGAUUGUCCAAAACUGAAAAGAUCAACAAGAGUUGAAAAACCAAAGAAGGGUCUAGCAGCUUGGAGUGAUUCUGAUGACUCAGAUGAAGAUAAACCAGAAGAGAAAGCUAAUCUCUGUUUAAUGGCAAUUGAAACCGGAGAUAACAGUGGUCAAACUGAUGCAUAUGAGGCUGAUUCAUUUGACAAUGAGGUAGAAAACCUAAAACAUUUAUCUUAUGAUGAAUUACUUCAUAACUGUAAUGAUAUCUUUAUGGCUUAUAAGGUUGUCUCAAAGAAGUAUGUCAAACUGAAAGCUAAAACUAAAAAUGUCAUUUCUGAAGCUAAUGUCAAAAUUUCUCAAGCCAAUGAAACUGAAAAAGAAAACAUAAUGCAAAAGGAUUUUGACUUAAUGACUGAAAAGAUUCAGAAAGCUGAAACUGAGGUUUCAUUCCUAAAGAAGGAACUUGAAACUUCAAACAACCUUAGAAUCAAUCUUUUGCAACAGAAUGAUGCUAUGCAAAAGAAGAUUGAUCUUCUCAUUCAAGAUCUCGCAAAAUUCACUAAGGGAAAAGCUAAUCUGAACAUGCUUUUGGGAAAUCAACGUCCCUAUGGAGAUACUGGCGGUAUUGGUUUUGAAGGUUUUACCAAACCAAAGAAAAUGGAAUCAUUCCUAAAAAAUAUUCCCACAAAAAUCAAAACCAUAACCAAAAGGACCUUCAUUCCUUACAUGUCACAUGCCACCUGUUUUUACUGCAAUAUCAAAGGUCAUGUUUCGAAGUUUUGUAAAGCUAAACAGAAAAUAUCUCAGACUAAACUUAUCUGGGUUGUCAAAGGAACUAAACCUGAGAAAGUCUGCCUAAGGAGCAAGGAUGAUCAAAAUUGGCAUAUGGAUAGUGCUUGCUCAAGGCACAUGACUGGUGACAAGUCAAAAUUCACCAGUAUCAAACUAAAGGAUAGAGGAACAGUUUGCUUCGGUGAUGACAGUAAAGCUAAAAUUAUCGGAAUUGGAGCUAUUGGCAAAUAUCCAUCUAUUGAAGGUGUCUCUUUAGUGGAUGGACUGAAGUACAAUCUUUUAAGUGUAAGUCAGCUCUGUGAUAAGCAAAACAGAGUCAUCUUUGAACCAACUCACUGUGAGGUACAGGAUCUACACCAAUAA